AUGGGACAAUGGGACGAAGAUAGAGUGAGACAUUUGUUUAUUCAGAAAGAUGCUGACUAUAUUCUCUCUCUGAGAGUGUCAACAGACCUCCAUGAUACAUACGUUUGGAGCUUCUCAAAGAAUGGUCUAUACAAUUCUCAAAGUGGUUAUAAACUAUUAGAAGCACUUCCAGAGAAUCAAGAUUUUCCAGUCACUCCUCUUCCACCAAUUGAGAAGAAUUUAUGGUCACAGUUAUGGAAAGUCCAAACCAUGCCUAAGAUACGACAUUUCAUGUGGAAGGCUCUAGCAGGAGCAUUAGCAGUUUCAGACAGAUUGCAAUCGAGAGGUAUCCACAUUGGCCUAACUUGUAAAAUUUGUGGAAAGGAAACUGAAACCAUAUGUCAUGUUCUCUUCCACUGUCCUGUGGCAAAACAAUCUUGGGACCUCUCUAAUAUCCCUGGCCCGCGGAUGGGUUUCUCUAAGAACUCAGUUUUUCUAAACCUUUUUCACCUUCUUAACCAUGAUGGAAGACGUAACAGUCUCACCAAUAAAACACAAGUUUUUCCUUGGCUUUUGUGGCAUAUAUGGAAGUCUAGAAACUCGUUUGUGUUUGAAGGGAAGAGCUAUAAUGCUAACAGUAUUAUGGUAAAAGCCCGUGAGGAUGCAGAGACGUGGAUGGCUGCCAACAAAUCAGAUGCAACUACAACAAAUAAAUCCUUCCUCACAGCUUCUCAUACCCAUCAUACUUGGAGAUGCCCGAUGUUUAGUUUUGGGAAGUGUAACAUUGGAUGCUCUUGGAUUAAACAAGAGAUGAACUGUGGGGCCGCUUGGGAUCUUCGUGAUCAUUCAGACAUUAGAAGAUUCUUGGAUGUCUUUGAGUUUUCAGUUGUAGUUAUAGCUGCAAAUGAAUGUAAUCGGGUGGCUAAAGAAAUCGCAACAAGUGUCACGAGAGAUCAUCGGUACCAAUCUUACAUUGCACGGGAGGGGCCAAUGUGGCUUCAAGAAAUCAUCACAGAGGAAUCUAAGCUUUUGGUUUGA